AUGGUCUCGCCCUUGUGUAUUCUCAUGGGGCAGCUGUUGACUACAACGCAAGAUAAGGUUAGUGGUGUGGGAAGUUACAUGGAACUUCGGGCUACCGAAGUUGAAGGUUGGGAGUUGCCGAACUUUACCCAUCUCCGAGGAACUAUGCUAUGCGUUGGUCAAAACUUACGACGCCUGAAACGCAAACGCGCGCGAAUAGCUUGUGAACCAUGCCGAGACCGCAAAAGAAAAUGCGAUGGCAAUCAGCCAUGUGAUUCUUGUCUCCGAUUCGAAUAUGAUUGUCGAUAUAAAUCCUGUUCGGGGACUCCGAAGAAAGCUAGAUUUGAGGAGCAAUUAUCACCGCUGCCAAUUCCAGCGCAAGCAGAAUCUAUGCCUCCCCCUUCAUUGGAAGCCAAUUCCGGCGCAACCUUCGCGAGACAGUUGGCGCUUAAAAUUGAUCCUCAGAAUGCACCAAGAUUGCACCUCUUUUCUUGGAAUGUUGGGGAACGGCCCACUUCUGCUGUGUCAGAGAAACCUGGCACGUUAUCAAUGGAAGAUGUAUUGCCAUUAGUCAUCAUCGAAGAACUAUCUUCAUUUUAUUUUGAAAAGGUCGAUAUAGUCUACGGAUUUAUAGACCGAGCGAGAUUUAUACAACGAUGGCGGGUGCGGCAACUUGUCCUGAACGUCAAGAAACCCUUUGAUGCGAUUUUGUUCGGAGUUACGGCGCUUGGUAGUCUCUUCUCCAACCGGAAGGCACCUUUGUUGGAACUGCAGCUUGUUGAAUCUGCGCGGGCAAUUCUCGAGGAGUACGCUGGGGAUACCCCAUGUAUCGAGAUUAUUACAGGACAACUUCUUCGUGUUGUUUAUUUACGAAUGACAGCAUCGCCUCAUGUGGCGUGGAUGGCUAGUUGUACUUUGAUGCAUAUGAUCGAGGCAGCAGGUCUGCAUCACCCGUCAACCACGGACCAUAGUUCCACACAGCCAGCGGAAGAUCGCACCUCGGAACUACAAUGGAGAUUAAUGGGCGUAGCACAGCAUCUCAACACAUGGAUAUCAUUUGAUCUCGGUCGAUCUAGGGUGGUUCUGCAAGGAGGUGUUCCAUCCGUUCUGCCAUAUCUGAAGCAGCAAGACUCUACAAAAGAGAUUCUGAGCCUAUUACCCAUGUCCGAAGCUUUGGAUCCAAGCAACCAACAAAACGCAUCGAAUCUCGAAUCCACAUUUCUGCAAGUCCUGGACAGCAUUCAUGUUCAACCGUCAUCAGUAAUGGCCCAAUGUAAUCUCAUGCUUUGCAUCUAUCGCCGACUUCGUGCCCUGAAUUGGACCGUUUCUCCCGAUCUUUUAGAUCGAGCAUUAACAUUAAUGGUAAAAGGACUACGCUGUGCCCGAGAAAUGGUCCUGACGAGUUGUCCAUGGCACCACAUGGCCAACGUGCCAUUUCAAAUCAUCUGCACACUCCUCGCCAUCGACAACCGAUGUUCGUUAUCCAAACUCGGAGAUGCGAUGAAGACUCUCGGGGAAGUAUCAGCCGCAUACAAUACGAGUGUUAUGCGGGAAGCAUAUAAAACCGCACGAUUACUCGUUCUCCUUUACCAAAAGCGAAAAGAAGACGAUGCAAAAUUACUCGGCGAAAUUAUUCAGGCGGAUCCUUUGCCGUCUCUGGAUCUUACUUCAAAUAAAACGAAUGAUCAGGCACUGCAGGAUUUCGGCUACGGUGAUCCGUGGCUAGAAUCACUGAUUGCGGAUAUGCCGGGUCGAGAGGAUAUUGAAGCACAAUUUUCAAUGUCCAGCAUUCCGUGGGCGUUCCAGGGUUCAAAUGCUUAA